AUGGCCCAGGCAUUCAAUGGCCUCGCGAUGGAUCAGCCCGCCGGUGCUGGCAUCACAAAUCCGUAUGCUGCGGAAUCAUGGCUCGAACCAUGGCUCCUCAAGCAUUCUGAGUUCUACCGCAAACACCUGACCCGAGACGGUCGCCACGAAAGCAAGUCGACCCGCCGUCACAGCAUCGUCGCCGAAGAACUCGAGUCAGAGUCAAGGAAGCACUCCGUUGUCGUGCCUGAGAGUGGCAAUGAAGCAACCGAUGCCGCUCCAGCUCCUGUUGAAGAGCCACGACACAGUGUCGAGAGCGAGUCACCAGAGUCCGCGAAGUCGUCCAAGAAGCACAGGCCUUUCAAUGGAUUGCGCAGGAGUGUUGGCUGGUUCCCUCACCCAUAG